CCACCAGGCUGCUGGCCAGAUUUUAGUCUCAAAUCAGGAAGUAAAAAAAGAAAAAACGCAGCACAAGUUUAGAGCACAGGAGGAAGCACGAGCGGUGGAUUUGCAGGGUUUUUUUCCACUGUAAUAAUCUUCUGAUGGGUUUUGAUCGCUUUUAAAUUGGAUAACAUAUGGACUGAACAUUUGAUGAAUCGAUUUUGUUAUUCCUGAAAGGACAAAAUUCGAGAAAAGAAACCGAAAGCUUGAAGGCGGAAGCAUUUGUGUGGACUUUCAUAUGAAAUUGGAAGCAUUUUUGCAGUGAGUGGAGUUCCAGAAGACCACCUUUAUAAAAUGGCAAAAGUAUCGUUAUGGAGCUGUGUUUCCAAAAUGCCACCUGAACAGUUUGAAAAGGUGUAUCAUGAAUUCCCACGUAAUAUGAGGAGCCUUCUGGGUGAAUGGUUGGAGAACCAACCCUGGGAGUUUAUCAUGGAAGCAGAUCAAUACAGCACAGAAUUAGCCAACACAUUAUUACAGAAACUGGCAGAGGAGCUUGAUAGGCUUUCGAGGCCUGGCGGAACUGAAGGAAAAUGGGCCGCUCAGUUUAGAGAAAACCUUAAGCAAAUAUCCCUGCAGAAUCCAAUGAAACUAGUGGAGAUUUUUCGAAAUGUAUUGGAAGGGGAAAAGAUGGUGGUUAUGAACCAGUAUCCGCGUCUAAGGAUGACCUUCUCCCAAAAACAAGAGGAAAUGCAGUUCAAUUUUCGGAUCAUGAUGUUACAGCACAAAAUAAAUCAGACAUCGCUUAUACAGCAGCAACUGAAGCAUUCAAAGGAAAAUAUAGGCUUCCUCAAACCAGUGCAGGACUUGGCACUCUUACAAACGCAAUGGAUGAUGUUGGUGAGAGAGGCGUUUGAAAUGCUUGUGAACGUUCAAAACCAAACCAUAAAAAGACUAAAUAUUUGGAAAAGACAACAACAGCUGGCUGGGAAUGGAGCUCCAUUUGAUGAUAAUUUGCAUCCUCUCCAAGAACGGUUGGAAACAAUUCUUGGCAUUUACUUUGAGUUUGAUCGUAUGGUGAAGGAAAUGAGUUCGAUCGGAGAACAAGUGCCUCCUGAACUUCUAGAGCAAAUAAACACAUCACUGGGCAGUCUUGUAAAAAGCUCCCUUCUUGUUGACAAACAACCUCCUCAAGUUCUGAAGACACAGACAAAGUUUCAAGCCAGUGUGAACUUCUUGCUGGGAUUCCGCCUUUUGGGUGGUGUUUCGAAAAUGCCAGUCGUCAGGGCAACCAUUAUCACAGAAAGAAAGGCACAGGAUCUGUCAAAGGCACCUGUAAGCGAGUCCUGGAAUGAAGGUGCUGGAGACAUUGAGAAUGGAAAAUCCACAUUGGAGAUCACUCCAACAACGAGAACAUGUGGAGCAAUUUUCAAAAACAUGUUGCUGAAGAAGAUCAAACGUUGUGAGAGGAAAGGAUCAGAGUCUGUUACAGAAGAGAAGUGUGCUAUCCUCUUUGUAGCUGAAAUAAACCUGAAUUCUGCUAACAUGACAUUCCAUCUUCAAGCUUUAUCAUUGCCUGUAGUGGUAAUAGUUCAUGGAAAUCAAGACAACAAUGCUAAAGCAACAAUACUGUGGGACAAUGCCUUUGCAGAAAUGGAGCGCCGUCCAUUCUUUGUGGAAGAGAGGGUUCCCUGGUCCAAGAUGUGUCAAACACUGAACCUAAAGUUUGUAUCCGAAGUGGGGACCAAGCAGGAACUGCUUAAAGAACAUUUUGUGUUUCUUGCUCAAAAGAUUUUCAAUGAAAAUAGCUUGAAUGAAGAUGAUUUCAAAGAGCGCACUGUGUCCUGGACUCAAUUUAACAAGGAGCCGCUUCGGGAAAGAAACUUUACAUUUUGGCAGUGGUUUGAUGGCGUUGUGGAUCUUACCAAACGAUGCUUAAAAAACUAUUGGUCAGACAGGCUUAUUCUUGGAUUUAUCAGUAAACAGUACGUUCAAAAGGUUCUGAACACCCAGCCAGAUGGGACUUUUCUUUUGCGCUUCAGUGACUCCGAGAUUGGUGGUAUCACAAUUGCAUACAUUGUUCGUGGUGUGGAUGGUUUUGGACAGAUCCAAAAUAUUCAACCGUUUACUGCUAAAGAUCUUCAGAUCCUUUCUUUGGGUGACCGGGUCAGAGACUUGAAAGUGCUCAAAUAUCUGUUCAAAGAUAAACCAAAAGAUGAGGCAUUCGAGAAAUACUACACAAAGAAGAUUUCAAACACUCCAGGAUAUGUCCCUGCUAAAAUUACCAUAGGGCUGGAUGGGGAUGAUGUUAGCCUGCAGCUCGCUUCUCCAUCAGUGCCCGGGUUUGGGAUGAAUGAUCUGGCUGAAGCUCCCCAAGCUAUAUCACACUCUCCCCCCUACCCUCAUUCUCCGGGUACCAUUUACGGACAUGAUCCAGUAUUACAAGUCAAUGUGCCCCAACAGCCAGACAGCUCUGUUCAGUUCCCACUCCAGAAUUUUCAAAUAUCGAACCCAUACAAUCUGGACAUGAGAAUUGGCUACCCAUCCCAGCAGACAAAUUACCCUGUUCCGGGAAUUAACUUUCUUCAAGAGUCUGGAAUUUCAAAUUGUGUAUCAAUGAACACCAACGUACCAGAGUCGUACAUGGAUGAAAUAAGUGAUCUCGAAGAAAUUUUGGAUUGUAGUACCAAAAUGGGAUGGGGCGACACCACGGAUUUCUCGUCAUUAAACUUGUGACCCUUUUCCCAUCUACAAAAAGUUCAUUCUCUAUUUUGCUGGACUUGAGCACUGCUUAAGUGGAAUACCAUCAUCCAGUCAAGCUAAUGACUAUAUAUCUCAUAUGAAUAAUAGCUUACUUGACAAUCCAUAUAUAUAUAUAUAUAUAUAAUUUUUCUAUUUUUUUUUAAAGUCCAACGUCUAUAUUCUAUACUGUACAGAAAUCGCAUCAUUUAUUCAUAUCUAAAACUGCAACAGUGAAACAAUGUGAGAAAGACACCAAAACGCUGGAAGAAAUAAAGUGAAGGUUCAAGUCUUGUAGUAGGCCUCCCCAUGUUGGUCAUAUUAGUCCAUGGCUAUUAAUGUGGAGGCCAUCUAGAAACCACAAAAUACUUUUCCUUAAAUUAUGAAGGUCAUUCCUAUGGAUGAGCUAAGUGCCUUCACAUACAUUUGUUCAGUUAAUUUUUUCCUCAGAAAAAGGAUUCUACGGAACAACAAUAAAUGGAUUCAGCAGUAAAAAGGUUUGUUUAAGGAGUGUAUCAGAAUGGAUUCUGAACCCACGUGGAUUGUGUUUGUUGCUGUUGUAAGGUUUUCUGGAAUAGAAUGGGCUGCAUUUCAUCCCCUGGCUUUCUCUGUAGAUGACAGUAGGUUUGACCUUCAACAUUUCAAUGUGGGCAGACCCACCAACAGCAAAAUUCUUUAGAUAGGAGGUGUUGGAAGGACAAAUAUUGCAGCCCUUCAACGGCCACAAAUCAACUGCAAGUAAAUAAUUUUGUGUUUGGAAAUUCAACUUCAGUGUAUCGUUUAAAAAAUAACUAAAAAAAAAACAACAUACUUUUUAUACAUCUAUGAUGGGUAAUAUCAACUUUAUGUGAUCAUCAUAUUAAUGCUCUGUAGUGCAAAAUAGAUUUCAUUAUGUAGCUUUGCAGCAAGAAUUAAACUGAACAUGUUUUAGUCCUAAGUAAAGGAAGCGGUUUGUAUACAUAAAUGUUUUGUAUUAUAUAUGCAUACAUAAAGGGAAAGUCGGAUAGGUGCACAUUUAAACAGAUGGGCGUUGAGACUUUUAUAUUCAUAGACAUAUCCAUAUUCUGAUACUUUCACGGAUCUAUAACAAAACAAACUAACUGCUGGUUCAAAAAUUAUUGCAUGUGGCUAAGUGUAGCAUUGAUAUUACCUGCCCAUUAACUACUACUCCUGCAGCCCUAAAAUGUGUUUGUUUCCCAAAUAUGUGAUUUAAUAGAGUGUGUUUUAUGAUUAGCACAGUUCUUCAUUAACCUCUUCAAAACAAGUGGUUAGGCAACUUCAAUAGUACCAUAAAUGUUAUAGCAUGUCUAUUGUCAUACAGGUGUUCAUAAAUAAUAAAUAAAAAUAAAUAAAAAUCACAAAACUAAAAUGUGAUUUUGAAUGUAUAUACCAAUUAUUAAAAUUAUGUUUGUUGAUA